AUGGCUGACGCUCUUUCAAUCGAGCAGAACAACAAGAUUCGGCUGGCCCUCGGGCUCAAACCCCUACCUGUCCCUGGAGCCGAUGCCGACGCCACAGGCCCAUCCUUCAAGGACGACGACGCAAGCGCAUCUGACUCCGACGACGACCCAGCGAGUACCAUCGAGACUCGACAAGCACAGGGAUAUGACAACUGGAAGAAACUCCAGGAUGAAGCCGACGCAAAGCGCAAACGCGAGGCGAAAACUGCAGCCAUCAAAAGGGCGCGUGACAUCGCCCUCAGAAACCUGAAGCUGGAGGGCGCUACCCUCGGAGAAUCGGAUGGAGCAAAUCUGGACACAAAAGCAUGGCUCAUGCAAUCCAAAAAACGCACAAAGAAGAUCGAGAAAGACCGGGCGCGCAGGCUUGCUGAGGAGCUAGAGGAGCGGGAGCGCGCUGCGGCCGCCGAGUACACAGCAGCUGAUUUGGCUGGCAUCAAGGUCGGACAUGCGAUCGGAGACUUCAACGGUGGCGAGGAUCAUAUUCUCACUUUGAAGGAUGCGGCGGUGGAUGACGAGGAGGAGGGCGAUGAGCUCCAGGACGUUAAUUUGGUCGACAGGGAAAAGACUCAGGAAAAGCUCGAACUGAAGAAGCGCAAGCCCGUUUACGAUCCUACUGCGGAAAAUCAGGGCAUUCUCUCCCAUUAUGAUGAGGAGAUCGAAGGCAAAAAGCGCAAGCGAUUUAUACUGGAUGCCAAGGGCUCGACUGAAGAGGAAAGGGAAAGCAAGCGACAAGAAGUUUCAGAUCGAUUGAAGAAGGGAAUAAUCAGUCUUGAUUUCGAACCCGAAGUCGCCACAUCCGAUUACAUGGACAUCAGCGAGGUUAAGAUUAAGAAGCCAAAGAAGAAGAAGAGCAAGACCACAAAACAGAGAGCGGUCAUGGACGACGAGGAUAUUUUCCCAGAGUCUACUGGCGCGUCAAAUGGAGCUCCAUCUAUGGACAUUGAUUCGCAGAAUGGGGUGCAAGUCCCGGCUGCUCGAAAGCCAGUGAAUGAGAAUGUCUCCUUUGCGGACGAUGAUGACCUACAAGCUUCGCUUGCCCUCCAGCGACGGGCGGCGUUCAAGAAGCGCAAGAAGAUGCGCCCGGAAGACCUCGCACGGCAGCUUCGUGAAGAAGAAUCUCAGACGCCGAUGGAAGUAGAGACCCCCGAAGAUGGGUCUGAGGAGCCCGGGCUCAUCAUUGAUGAGACGUCGGAGUUUGUAUCGAAUCUCCAGAGGCCUACCAUCCCUGAGCGGGAAGAACGGAAAACUGCGACCCCAACCGCAGAGACUACUGGCAAGUCUGAGCCUGAAGAAGAGCCCGAGGAUGUGGAUAUGGAGCGGAGUUACAAUGACGUCGAGGACGAGGAAGACCUCAAGGAACGUCUCAAGCGCGAGGAAUCUAUUCAGGCCCAACAGGAACUUACUGGAACCGGACUGGAGGAGGAAGCUACUCUGGACCAAGGUCUUGGUGCUACAUUGUCGAUGCUGCGCCAACGUGGUUUGGUGAAGGAAACCGAUAGCAACAGCUCGAAUGCCCUACUGCGAGACCGCCAGCGCUUCUUGCAAGACAAGACGAACCGCGAGGCAGACGCCGAACGGCGCGCGCGAUUGCAGCGUGAGCGCGACCGUGCCUCGGGCAAGCUUGACCGUAUGUCGGCCCGGGAGCGCGAGGAAUACGCGCGCUAUGAGAAUAAGCAGCGUGAUCAGCAAGAAGCGCGACAGAUGGCGGAUAUUUUCAACCGCGAGUACAAACCCGAUGUGCAACUCAAGUAUGUUGAUGAGUAUGGCCGCUCCAUGAACCAGAAGGAAGCAUUCAAGCACCUCAGUCACCAAUUCCAUGGCAAGGGCAGUGGCAAGAUGAAGACGGAGAAGCGGCUGAAGAAGAUUGAAGAGGAGAAGAAGCGUGAGGCCAUGAGUGCUUUGGACAGCAGUCAGCAUACCGGCAUGAACAAUGCCAUGGGCCAACAGGCGCGCAAGAACCGCCAGGCUGGUGUCCGUCUGGGCUAA